AUGCCGAGCUCCUCGCUUACGAUUAGAAGUCUUACGCCAGUUGGGAACACUGAAAUGGACCGAAGCAUUCCCACAGCAGAAAUCACAUCUCCCAAACAAGAGGAGGCCUCUGUCGAAUCGAUCUCAUCAAAGUCGUUGGAUAAUCUUACCCAAAGCAUGACCAAUCUGGUCAAGAAGAUCAAGAAUUUACGCCAUUUAGGUAUUGAAGAUUCGCAUAUUACCCUCCCAAAGAUAUGUGUUAUUGGUGAUCAAAGCACCGGCAAGAGCUCGCUUAUUGAAGGGAUGAGUGAGAUCAAAGUUCCAAGAAGCUCAGGCACUUGCACGCGUUGCCCGAUGGAAAUCAACCUUUCCGCCAGCAAGCGUGGUGAGCCUUGGAUUUGCCGUGUCUACCUCUCUCGGAAGUACAUGUAUGAUGGGUCCGGGAAAAUGACAAAACCAAAGAAGAAUCAGCCUCUGGGCCCCUGGCUUCCGAUGGAGCAAGAAGAUGAGCAUUUCAUCACUAUCACCGACAAGAGCCAGACUGCAGAAGCGAUCAAGUGCGCACAACUUGCAAUCCUCAAUCCUGGAAGUACUCCUGCCAAUUACUUACCAAGCAUGACUGGGGAAACUGACCCUCAAGAUUGCGAGGUGAAGUUUUCGCCUAAUAUCAUACGUCUGGACAUCUCCGCACAUGGGUUUCCAAAUCUUUCGUUCUACGAUCUACCCGGUGUCAUCAAUCAAGUUGAAUCUGACAAAGAGAGCUACCUUGUCAAACUUGUUGAGAACCUAGUGAAAGAUUACAUCAGUCAGGACAAUUGCAUCAUCCUUCUUACCAUCCCCAUGACAGACGACGUAAUGAAUAGCAGCGCGGCUCGUAUUAUGAACGACAUCCGGGGCGCGAAGAAGAGAGCUUUGGGCGUGCUCACCAAGCCUGACCGUGUCCAGGCUGGGGAUUCUUACACGCAGUGGAUUGAAAUACUCGAAGGGGUGAAAUUCCGCCUUGAGCAUGAUUACUAUGUUGUUAGAAACAACCCUGACCCAUCAGUCGAGCAUUCGAUCGCCAGGCAGGAGGAAGACGAUUUCUUCACGUCCCCCCCUUGGGUGAGUGAGCUUGCGGCGUAUGGUGACAGAUUUGGAACCCGAAAUCUACAGACAGCGUUGUCCAAACUCCUAUUCCAACAAAUCCAGGGAUGCCUUCCGCUGAUCAUCGAGGAGAUCAACAAGAGAGCCUACCGUAUCGAUGAGGAGCUCUCCAGGCUCCCUGCUCCGCCGUCUGCCAAUGUUCCCUUUAUACUGUGCAAAAAGCUUCACACCUUCGAAGAGAGAAUCCACAGCCAGAUUGACGGUGGGUCCAGGGAAUACCCAUUACAGAAGAUUUGGAACAACAUUGCAGAGGAUUUUAAGCGUGCUUUGGCCAAAACGCGCCCAACUGUGAAGCUGCUGGCGGAUUUGGACAAGCAGAAAAUCGCCAGCACCCGCGAUGAAGACGAUUCUGAAUGUGAGGUUGUGCAAUACUCCGUGAAACGCAAGUUGCCGGGAGACUCGCUUGGCAACUGGUCUCCUGGCGCGAGAAACGGGAUGAAGAACCCCUCAAAGUAUCAUACUGCGCAUUUCGAAAAAUUUUCCAGUCCUGCUAGAGAAUUCACAUGGGAAGCCAUUAGAGAAAUCAACAAGGACUCUGCAAGCGCUGGGAUUCCCCAGCAAGUCAAUCCCAGAGCAAUCGACUACAUGAACAAAAUAAGUGUUGCCCAUUGGCGGGACCCCAUGGUAACCUUUAUCAAUGCCAGCCACCAACUCGUGAAAGACAAGCUCCUGCAUGAGUUGAACGGAGUUUUUGUCCAGUACACUCAGACAGGACUAUUUAGAGAGCUCGAGAGGAUAAUCAAGAAUUAUUUGCGAAAGCUACAUGUGGAGCACCUUGCUCAUGUAGACGAGCUCUACGAGAUUGAGCAUUGCAGACCGUUCACCAUGGCGUAUUCGCAACUCAACCAAGCAGCAGAAGAUUGUCAAAAGCAGCUGCAAUCCAAACGGCUUGCCGCCCGGGCAAACCACUAUCUUGACCUCCAAGGAAAGUUCCCUAGAGAUGACCCCCGGAGAGAGAACGAGAGAAAAAAGCUUGGACUUGCCGAAUUGGGGGCAGACGAUUUUGCUCUUGAAGUGAGGAUGAUGGCUACAACCAGAGGUUACUACGAAGUUGCUAGCUCUAGAUUUGUCGAUUCAGUAUGCCAGACUGUGCAUACGAAACUUUUCAUGAAAUGUCGCGAGAACCUGGUCAAGACAAUUGAGAAUGAACUAGGAAUUGGAGAUGAGAAUGCUGUGGAAAAAUGCAACGAGCUCAUGUCUGAGGAUGUUGAGAGACAGCGUCGCCGCGAAUACUUCGAGAGGCAGAAGGAGAAGGUAAUGAAAGCCCAGGAGUGGCUGAAUGCAGAGAACGGCACUACCGAUGGCGAGGACGAACUGAUGGGUGACUAUGAGCCCGCGGUGAAGACCGAGCUACUUGACACUUAUUAA